AGUUUAUUAAGGGCAGGGCGCUAUGUUUAAGAAGGUUGUUUUGGAGGGACGGUCUUCGUCGUUUUGGUGAUUUCGUGAUAUACUUUAGACAUUAUGUGAUGUAAAAUAAAUUGUUCGUAGAGCUAUCAUUAUUAUAGUACAACAUUUUGAAAAGUAGAAAGUGUUAAAAUUUUUAGUACGUAAACAAGUUACUGCUCUUCGUGUUAGUAUUUCAAACAUUUUGCCAUUCACUUGCUGAAGAUCCUCAUAGUCAAUAUUCAGGUUUAUUCUUGUAUGUUCAACUUCAUACGCAUUGAAGAUCGAACUACUACUACUCUUAAGAAACUAGUCACGAGAUUCUUCCGGACGGCAUCCAGACGAAGUUUAGAAUUAUUUGUAUGAAGUCUACAUCUAUUUCCGUGUGUUUCAUUUAACAAAGUGCCUUUUGGAUCUUUAGUUCGAUAUGUAUCACUGCAUUGCUUCGUUACAAUCGUGGCACCAUAUUAUACUCUAGUGACCGUAGAUCUUAGUACGGUUCGGUUUAGUAGAUCCCAUUCAUAAUUUAAAUGAAAUGUUCCGCAAAAGCUUUCUUGCUUGGCAUUUUAGUUUAAUUCUGUUAAUUGAUAAUUCAAAUGGUUCAGAUGUUGAAUUCGAAUUCCCCCCCAGUCCUUACUCAUCAGACUUCAAGAAAUGUGGACUCGACAAAAAGGGAUACGUUUGUGAUCCUGAUAAAAUUCUUGACUAUUCUGCUAGACAAUCAAUAAAUGAAUUGUUAUUACAUUAUCCUCGAGAAACACCAUGUUUAUGUCGUCAUCCGUGUUUUAGAAAUGAAGUUAAUCAAAACGCUAGACUUGUUGUAACAGCACUAGUUUCGAAACCAUUUUCAAAUAAAAAUGCUUCAAUCGUACAAUAUGCAAACAAUAUUCGAAAUAAAUGGAAAAUUGGAGCAUGCAAUGGUAAUGAUGUUUUAAUUUUAAUCACAGAAAAAGCUCUUCAUAUUUCAUAUGGUUCAUUAGUAGCACGAGCUUUAAACUCAGAAUGUACGCGUCGUUUAAUUGGUCGUUUUGAUGCUAAUAAAGAAAUCAUUACAAAUAUUCGUCAAACAGCAUUUAUUCUACGUGAAUAUUUUCUUGAUCCAUGUUUAUGUCGACCGUGUAAAACUGCUUAUUCAUGGUUUAAAAUACCAGCUAUGCUUUUAGCAUGUUUUUGUCUAUUAACAUGGUUAAGUUUAGUUGGUCGUAGAGCUUAUUUACGUCGUAAUAAUUUGAAUACACGUCCAUAUUGUUCAUUAUCUGAUCUUACUUAUACAACAACAAAUAGACAUCAUUAUCAUCAUACACGUUCAUCACGUUCUGGACGUAUUCGAACUGGUGGAUUUUCUUCACCAUUUAAUAUAUGGGAAACAAGACCAUAUCGUUCAAAUAGUAUACAUGGUAUAGAAAGUACGAAUAAUAUGUCAAAUUCAAAUUGGUGUAAUCUUUCUUCAUAUUUUGGACGACCUAAUGUUCUCUGUUCUGAUGGAUUUCGUACUACACCUCCACCACCCGCUUAUUCCAGUUUAAAGCAUAUCAUUCAACCACCACCAGCUUAUUCAGAAAUUCAAUCUACUAAUGAUCUACUAGCUAAACAAUGUGUUAAUACAUCAACGUCAAUAACCACUACUUUAAAUAUAGGAAAUCCAACAGAAAUCGAACAAUCACAACUUGAAUCAAUGCAUAUAACAUCAUCACCUAAUAUUACUACUACUACUACGACUACUACUACUACCACCAACACAAAUUCCCCGCCUUCUUAUUCUGAAGUUGUUUUAUCACGUUCCAAUAAUUCGAAUAACUAUCAGAUCAGUGAUAGCAAUUCAUCUUCAAAUACUAAUGAAACAGACACAACAUACACAUCGAAUCUUGAUACAUCGAGUACAAUCACAAAUUAAUGAAUAAUACAAAUUCCCCUCUCUCUCUCUCUCGUUUUUUCUCUCUUUUGUUAUUAGAAAAACAAGCAGCAAUUGUUAUUCGAUUAAAAACAAAAACUAUAUAUGAAUUAUCAGAUUUUUUCCGUCUCUCUCUCUAUUCAAUAAUCUCAAAAUAUUUACUAUCUCUUUUUCAAAUGCCAAACAAAUCACUGCAUAGUUUUCUUAUUUGAAUUCAAUGUUUCAGUGUGUUUUUUUCUAUGGAAACUUUUCUCUCUCUCUCUCUCUCUUCCUAGCAACUUUAUUUUUCUUUUGUUUUGUUUUGUUUUUUGAUUAAACUUAUUUGAUGAAUGAAUAUUAAUCUGUGAUGCUUUACUAUUAUUUUUUUCUCUGUUCAGUUUUAUUUUCUUUUUUUUGCAAAUGUUGUAUAUUUUAUACAAGCGUAGAUACGUCAAAUUGUAAUACUAUUAUGAUUUUCUCUGUUUUUAACAUAACUAAGAUCUAUUAAUGCUAUUUAUUUUGGUUAACUCCGCUUUCACAUUCUUUAUUCAUCUUCUUCUAUUGAACGUGUACAAAAAAUAAAACUAAUUUCAAUAUUAUAUAUACAUAUAUAUCCC